AUGGGUGGUUUUAGGAAGUUCGUUAUUUUUUUGUGGAUAGAGAUUGCCAACGAAUUGCUAUGAACUAGUUUUAGGGUCACAAGCUGGGUUCCCCGCCGGACUUCCGCAAUGACUGAGCCCACCUUCAAGAAGCUCCCGAACUCACCCGAGAUUCAACUCGAUGAUUAUGGCCGAAUCAUAGGGAAGAUCGUUGAUUGUGGAGAGCCAUCGAACAGUCAGGCCAUGGUCUUCAUGUCUAUUCCAUUCGCCAAACCACCAAUCGGAGAUUUGCGUUUUCGGGUAGGUUUAGGAAAAUCGCCAGCAGAUUAAAGCCAAAACAACCUCGGAAAUAUAGGUAAAGCCGCAUCAGGCAACAUAAAAUCGUAACAUUGAUCGCUCGAAUCAGUCAAUUCGUGCAGAAAAAUUUGCAAAAAGAUUUUUUUCUUAUGAUCGGGCGCGGCUCGGGGAAACAUAAUUUUGUUUUUGCCAAGAAUUCGCGAUCAAUUUUGAUCAAUUUGUGCGCGCAUGCAUGCAUUCUGGUUAGUUUAGAUGAAUCUGUAGUUAUGUUUAUUUACUGGUAAUAUUUAUCUUUUACAGCAUCGUUAAUUCCCUUUUUUGCAGCAUCCACAACCUCCAGAGCCCAUUGGAGACGAUGUUUUGGAGUGUUUUCAAUUCCCUCCUCGUGGAAUCCAAAGGGAUCCUUUUGUUCAAAAGAAAUGGAGAAACCCGGAGAAGACUUCAGAAGACUCGCUGUACCUCAACGUGUUCGCUCCCACCUUCUCGCCCACAGAAACAUCGAGCACCCAGCAUCCCGUGAUGGUUUUCGUUCAUGGAGGAGCUUUUGUUAGUGAUGGCACAAAGAAAUACGGAAUGCAGGGGAUCUGCGACGUUUUGGUAAGUUGCGUAGCUUUUUGACCGUCAAAAUCGUGUUUGCGGAAAGUUUAGAUUAUUUUUUAUUUUUUUAGGUAACACCUCACAACAUUGUUGUUGUCACAGUCCAAUAUCGAUUAGGAUAUCUUGGGUUUUUCACCACUGGAGAUGGUCGGAUUCCUGACAACCUGGGCCUCUUUGACCUUAAGAUGUCGCUGGAAUGGGUGCAGAAACAUAUACACAAAUUCGGAGGGGAUCCACAUAACAUAACUCUAGCUGGCCAGAGUGCUGGAGGAGCACUAGUGGAGUUCUUGUCGCUUAGUCCACUUACUUGGAGUAUGUUGAAUGUGUGAUAACUGUUUUGCGAACGUUUUGGUUUUUACUUACGUUUCAUUUCAGAUCUGUUUCAUAAAAUUAUGCCAAUGGCGGGAAAUGCUCAUUGUAUGUGGGCGAUGAAUGACAAAAAUGUGGAAACCUGCCGAAAGAGGAUGCGUCGGAUGGGAAUCAAGCCAACAUUGACGACUGAGGUAUGUUUUUAGGUAAUAAUUUAGGUAUUAAAAUUAAGAAUUGAAGUAUGACAUAACGUUACGUUUUAGGAGACGGACGAAGCGCUCCGAAUUAUAGAUGCCAUGGAGUUUGGUACUAAAAUGAAGUUGUCUUCGAGUGGAUACGGUCUGAAGCCGAGUACGGAGAUCUCCCCCAGAAUAGUUCCACCUUUUUUCCCCAAAUCUCUUGACGAAUUAAGGGCUGAAGCCCCAGUUAAACCUAUUCUAGUUGGGGUCAGUGAACAUGAAGGGUUGCUAUUCCGUAAGUUAGUGUUUGAUUGUGCAAGAUUUUUUAUUAUGCAAUUUUAGAGCUGAUCGCCCGAAAAAUGUCUUCGGUCGAUCUGGUGGAAGAAAUCCUGGCCGAGACAAUCCCCGAAAGUGAGCCUGGGUUUGCUCAACGGCGGAGAUUACUGACCAAUAUGUAUAUUCGAUUGCAUGUGGAGGACAAACUGAGCAUCCGAGAAGUUUGCACUAGAGUAAGUUCAGAAAUUUAUUUCUUGGUCGAGUGUAGUAAAUUGAAUGUCUAAAUUUCGUUUUAGCUCUUCACGGAUGUUGUAAUGGGAGCACCGACCCAAAAGUACGUCCGGCAGCAAAUCGAUCGAGGGAAUCAGGAUGUUUAUCUUUAUUGCUUCACUCAUUUCAACAAAGCGCAGAUCGGGCUUGCCAGACACAUCUUACCAUUCGAUGGGGCCACUCACUGCAACGAACUUGUGUAUCUGUUCAGGGCAUUUGUUGUCAACAAGUUCAGUCUGAGUUCGGAGGACCGGAAAAUGAUUUCGUUGACGACUCAGUACUUUUCCAACUUUUGUCGUUAUGGGUAGGUUAAUAUUUGUUUAUUUUUUUUUACUUUUUUAUCGUUAAUUAUUUCAUUUUAUUUUACAGUAAUCCAAAUGGAGACCCCUCCCUCAUUAACCUGUCAGAUUCUGACGCUCCACUAACUGAAUGGGCCCCAACUACGGCAGAGAAUCCGGCACGAUGCAUUCUCCUCAAAACUGAGCCAGAAAUGUCGGAAAACUUUAUGGACGGACGGGCGGAUCAAUGGGUCAAACCCCUGAGUUCGAUUCAAAACGGUGACUGCAGUAAAGAUUGA